UCGCGGAAGACGAACCAUCUCAGUAAGCAUAGAAUUUCCCUUAUCAGACGACAGCGUCUAACUUUUGCCCCCGCGUAGACUUCACUCGGUGUUCAUUGAAGACUUCUCACAUUAAAUUUGGAACAAUCACCCCCAAUGAUGUCGAAAAUAGUUUUGUCGUUUGUAUUUACGAUGCUAUGUCAAGGGCUCCAUGUGGAUAUCAAAAAUAUGUGCCCACGAUCCGACAAGUUUUGUGUGAAAGUGAAACUGAACCCUUCCGAAAGCUACGAACUGGAUCGCAAUGUGACCUAUCCCCAUCAAAAAGUGACCUUCAGUGGCUCGCGAGUAUACGCUAUUCCUGGGCAUUUCUUCUUUGUGUUUCCCAAUGUUCGCUUUUUAACAAUGAAUCGGUGCAAUGUUCGGAACUUGGAGGAAGCAGACUUCAUGGGGGCGGAGAAUCUGGUCCGGCUGGAAAUGUGGAAAAAUCAGAUUCGCGAAUUGCCUCGUGACUUGUUCUCGGGGUGCCGAAACUUAGAGUGGUUGGACUUGAGUUCAAAUCAAAUAAAAACCCUGCACCCCCACAGCUUCCAUGGACUAAGACGACUGAGGAAGCUACUACUCUUUAGGAAUCAAAUCCAUACUCUUCCCCCGAUACUAUUCCGUGACCUGGUAGCGUUGGAGACUGUUCACUUGGAGGAUAACAGGAUUGAAAUUUUGGAGGAGAAUAUAUUCAUUGCGAAUUCCAGACUCGGUAUUGUCCGCAUUCGCAACAAUCGUCUGAAAGUUGUUCAUCCAAGCAUAUUCCUUUCCAUGCGCAAUUUAUAUUGGCUCGACUUAUCGCGCAACUAUUUCGACGAAAUCCAGACAAACACGCUGGACACGCUCCAUAUAAAUGAUGGAAUGGUGAAAAAGUGCUUCAUCAACGGCAAAAUUCGGAAUCUCCAUGCGGACAAUAACGAAAUCCAAUCGCUCUACAUUAGGGACCUUACAAAUACGCAGGAAAUUCACAUAUCCAGGAACAAACUGUACGAUCUGAGCAGCAUUCACGGUGCAAAACAUUUGAGCAAAUUGGACGCUUCCCAGAACAAGCUGGGCCUCUUGAACUCCUUGGAUUUUUCUCAAAUGGCGGACUUAAUGUACUUAAACUUAUCAAAUACGGACUUGAUUCUUCCGGGAAAGAACGCCUUUGCAAGGCUCACAAAUCUUGCAACUCUUGAUUUAUCUCACAACCAAAUGAGGGAGUUGCCUCCAGAUCUACUGACUCCUUUGCGAAAUUUGCGGGAGUUGCACUUGGAUUAUAACAAACUGACGCAGGUUAACUAUUCAAACUUGCGAGACUCCUCGCCCGCUUUGAAGUACCUCGGGCUCCACGGGAAUAAUUGGAGGUGCUCAUAUCUACGGGACCUCGUGGAAUACAUGGAUCGCAAUGGAAUAUCAGUGUCAAAAGGAAUCUAUGACGACAGCGUUGGUGGGACGCAUAACGUGGCAGGUAUUAAUUGCACACUCUUGUAGUUGUUCCAUUCGUAAUAUUUUAUUCUGUAUAGGAGUUACGUGUUUUAUUUAAUAAACAAUAUUAAGUGUGA